CAACUUCCUUGUCCUUUUAUAUACAAAUUCGCUACCAAGGAGUCAUUCUGACACAAUUCUGACAUCUGGUGGGAGAUGUGCAUCACUACAAUUCCUAUGUGGAUUUCUUUUAAUCGGUUAGACACUUUAAAUAAUUUCUUCAACAAAUUCCUACGGUUAUGUGUGAUUUUAUUGCGUUAUUUCUCUACAUACUGAUCAUGGUGACGAUAAGACUUCUGUCGACAAACAGAUUAUAAUUUCACCUUCCCCUUUAAGAAACCUGGAGACGCUCAGCGCCCAAUAGCGGCGCGUAAACUCAACUGUGUGUUGUCCGCAGAGCUAACAGCGGCAAGCUAACGGUUGCUCACAAGUGGCUGUCGUUAAUAUCUGUUAAUUUCAGCUGCAAGUGCAACCAACGUCGCCGUAUAUUUUGUCUAACGUGUCAGUUAACGCCACUAUUCUUGGCGACAGGGCGGGGACUGAACGAUAUCAGGGAAAUAUGGCAUCAGCGAUGUCUGAUCCAACCCUGGAGAGACACUUCAAGGGACACAAGGAUGCUGUGACGAGCGUGGACUUCAGCUGCACCAUGAAGCAGAUCGUCACAGGCUCCAUGGACAGCUCCGUGAUAAUCUGGAACAUGAAACCUCAGAUGCGAGCGUAUCGUUUUGAAGGACACAAAGAUGCUGUGUUCUCUGUUCAGUUUUCCCCCUCUGGCCACUUGGUGGCGUCGGCCUCCAGGGACAAGACUGUUCGUCUUUGGGUGCCCACUAGGAAGGCCGACUCGACUGUUUUUCGGGCUCACACGGCUACUGUUCGCAGCGUUAACUUCUCUGGAGAUGGACAGACUAUGGUCACUGCCUCGGAUGACAAAACUGUCAAAUUGUGGACGGUCCACAGACAAAAGUUCCUGUUCUCUCUUAACCAACACAUCAACUGGGUCCGAUGUGCUAAAUUCUCGCCAGACAAUCGGUUGAUUGUGUCAUGCAGUGACGAUAAGACCAUUAAGCUGUGGGACAAGAAUAGCCGAGAGUGUAUUCAUUCCUUCUAUGAACAUGUUGGAUAUGCAAAUCAUGUGGAUUUUCACCCGAGCGGGACUUGCAUUGCUGCUGCCGGUACUGACAACUCUGUUAAGGUGUGGGACAUCAGAUCUCAUAAAAUGAUACAACACUACAAAGUCCACAACAGUGUCGUGAACAGCUUGUCUUUUCACUCCAGUGGAAAUUUCCUUCUUACUGCGUCAAGUGACUCGACCGUGAAGGUACUCGACCUGGUGGAGGGCAAGCUGCUGUAUACGCUGCAUGGACACCAGGGUUCAGUGACCAGUGUUGCUUUCUCCAGGAACGGAGAGUACUUUGCCACCGGAGGCGCUGAUGAGCAGGUGAUGGUGUGGAAGAGCAACUUCGACGGGGACGUUUGCGACAGCGCGCAAUUUAAGAAAACCUUAAGGACUCCGGCUCAGCCGACCACUAACCUCCACAAAAGUGUGCAUCCACAGAUGGUCCGCAGUGAGGCGUUAGAAGACUGUGACAUGCGGGACUGCCGGACCGCUCGUGCUCAGGAUGGCGAUCACGGCAAAACAAGUGGACUCCACAACAGCAGGCCUGUUAGUCUGUCCACCAACCGUCAGGCGCAGAACCAGGAUGUGCCAAAGCGUCUGCCUCGUGUUCAAACACAGCAGCAGGCCUCUAAUGGAGCCGUCCCUCCUGCUCUGACCAGCACUCUGGAGCACAUCGUCAGUCAACUGGACAUUCUCACUAAGACGGUGUCAAUCCUGGAGCAGCGUCUCUCCCUGACGGAGGACAAGCUGAAGGAGUGCCUGGAGAACCAGAUCGAGAUGGGAUUACAUCUGCAGAGACAGGAGGAGGAGGAGGAGGAGGAGGAGGAGGAGGAUGAGGGCCUGAAGAGCUAAGGUGUGUUUUAUCACAUCAGAAACUCAAAACCCGCGUCAUCAUCUUCACAGUUUCUUGUGCCUCCUUUACUGCAGAUGUACUGUGGUGUGUGUGUGUUUUUUUUUUUUUUUUUUUUAGAGAGAGAAAUAAGAAGUGAAGGAGGUGAGUAUUAGAGAAGUUGCUCCUGUACGACAAUGCUGAGCGCGCACUCUCUUUUUCUGCUGACCAUGGACCUGCUCCAAGUCACUGUGUGUGUGCGUCUGAGUACGUACCUCCGAAUACAAUAGUUGCCUGUUAAAUUCCACGCAAGACACUUUAGUUCUAGGGUUUUUUGUGCAGGUUGUCACUCUGGAACAUGACUUCGAUACUGUUUUUAUUAAACCAAAAAAAAAAAAAAAAAUUAUAAAAAAUUAAGAGAUCAUUCAAAUAGUUACUACAAACCAGAACAAUGUCAGAAUGACCCUUUACCAGCGUAUGUACUAUUAAGGCGAGGAGGGUUUGGUUCUACAUUAAUCAUGUGAUGUUUUUAUAGAACAAUUUUUUUAUCUUAAUGUGUGUCAUAAUUUAAAAUUAUAGUUUUAUAUUUAACCACAUUUUAAUUUUUUUAAAUUUUUUUUAAUGAAUUUAAAAUAUUGGUGUUUCUGUUUUUUGUUUUUUUUGUUUUGUUUUGGGUCCCCACUUCCUUCAUCUGUACUGUAAUAAAAAUACCUUAAAUCAUAUUCACUCAUUAAUGAGAUGCUUCUACAUUAAGGUUUCGUGAUAGCGGAUUAUGUCAUGAUGAUGAUGUCAUCUGUUCUUUAAAGAUGUCUGCUGUCAUUGUUUCAGAGACUUUCCUGACUUCACCGUCUUCAUCGGCUGUGGGGGAAAUGGUAAAAGAAUCAGGUUUGUUAUCUGAGGACUGCUGGUUUGAAUCCCUGCUCUGGCAGGAGUGCGAUGUUUUAAGGAAACCCCCCCCAAAAAAAAACUCGCCUGUUACCGGGCGACUACAGAGUGCAGCCGACUGCUCCUGACUUUCCGGAGUUUUGGAUGGAACAGAGAGUCGUUUCUCUUAGAGGAUUAAUAGAGUAGUGAAAAAACACGUCGCCGCUGUCACUCAUUGAUUUUCAAACUAUUCAACUUCUCUUUGUCAGAAUAUGAGUGAUGGAUCGCUAAAGCACGGAGGCAGAAUUGACUGUAAAUGUGCCAGCUCUGCGUCUUUCUUUUUUUUUUUCCCCCCUCCGAAAUCCUUACGUUUCACCCGCUUGAGUAAUUUCCGUAACCUGAGUGCUGAUGCUGGAUCCGCGCUAUUAUUUUUAGAAGCUUCGGUGUAAAUGAACCCGAUCCUGUGUUCAGACGCGGGCUGUGAUUUGUUGAAGAGCAGAAACAUUUGGGCUGCGAAUCAACCAAACAUGUCUUUGUUAGGGUUUUUUUUUUUUUUCCCCUCCUUCUUCUUUUCUUUUAUUAAAGUCGGUCCAUGUUUACAUGCUUCAGCAGUGAGUCAUCCUCAGUCCCACCGCCAAGGUCUCAGUCAUUCUUAAGGACCAAUGUGGCGUCAUUGGGGGGGGGUAAAAAAAAA